CGCGUAUGUCUGGUCGCCGACGGGUCACGGAGUGCUGCUGACUGCUUUUUCGGGCUGAAACACCCCCCCCCCUUCCGAACAGAAAUGUGUGGAUUUAAGAGAGAACGAGGAGAAACAGUGGACUUUCAUCAUUUAUAGGAGAAAUCAACUACAUUUAAAGCCAUUUUGUUACGUUUAUUAGAAGGGUGUGUAAGUUAAACCACGCAGGCCUAUAUACACUUAUUAACAUAUUCCUGAAAAUACCAGCGAAUGACAUGGCAUACAAAAUAUAAUUUUUUUUGCAUUAAAAUGCAUCCGAAAAACAUGAGGAGAACAGGAGAAAACCGAGGUCACCGGAGGCUGACACUGGUUCGGAAAGGAUUUAGAGAAAUUACGACUUGUAAACGGACCUGAGCCCCACCCGCAAAACACGCUGCUGUGUUUGAACCUGAAACUGAUUAAAUUGUCCCAGUGAAGAUGUCCACUUGGACCUGAAACUUGACUGCUAUGUGAUGGGCUGUGGGACGAGUAAAGUACUUCCUGAACCACCUAAAGAUAUCCAGCUGGAUUUAGUAAAGAAGGUGGAGCCUUAUGCAGGCCAGAAGAUUGACAAAUACAAGCACUUCAUCACAGACAAUGGGACGAGCAUCAAGGCUGAUUGCAAAAUGCACUCUCUUUCUCCUCUUCAGACAGCCAGCAACUUUUGCCCAAAUGGCCCCAGUGGGCACCCAGAUCCUGUGGAUCCUAGGAGGAACAAAGUGGCCAAAUACAGAGCCAAGUUUGACCCACGUGUCACUGCCAAAUAUGACAUUAAAGCUUUGAUUGGCCGGGGAAGCUUUAGUAGAGUGGUGCGAGUUGAACACAAAAGUACAAAGCAGCCUUAUGCCAUUAAAAUGAUUGAAACAAAGUAUAGGGAAGGUCGAGAGGUGUGUGAAUCUGAACUUAAUGUCUUGCGUAGGGUGAGACACACCAAUAUUAUUCAGCUCAUUGAGGUUUUUGAAACUCAGGAACGAGUAUACAUGGUGAUGGAGUUGGCCACAGGAGGGGAGCUCUUUGAUCGCAUUAUUGCCAAAGGAUCUUUUACUGAAAGAGAUGCAACACGAGUGUUGCAGAUGGUACUAGACGGAGUGAAGUAUCUCCACACCUUGGGAAUUACACACCGGGACUUGAAGCCAGAGAAUCUUCUGUAUUACCAUCCAGGAGCUGAAUCCAAAAUAAUGAUUACAGAUUUUGGUUUAGCUAGCACCCGAAAAAAAGGGGAUGAGUGCCUUAUGAAAACAACAUGUGGUACCCCAGAGUACAUUGCCCCAGAAAUCUUAAUUCGAAAGCCUUAUACAAAUGCUGUUGAUAUGUGGGCUGUUGGUGUCAUCAGUUACAUCCUCCUCAGUGGAACUAUGCCUUUUGAAGAUGAUAAUAGGACACGACUAUAUAGGCAAAUAUUGAAAGGCAAAUAUAGUUACUCAGGAGAGCCCUGGCCAAGUGUCUCUAAUCUUGCCAAGGACUUUAUUGACCGGGUGCUAACUGUGGACCCUAAUGAGAGAAUGAGUGCCAGUCAAGCCAUCAAACACCCUUGGAUAGUCACCAUGGCUGCUUCUUCUUCUAUGAAGAACUUGCAUCGGUCCAUUUCUCAGAACUUGUUGAAGAGGGCUUCAUCACGUUGUCAGAGUACCAAAUCAGCGCAGUCUACUCGCUCUAGUCGCUCAACCAAGUCUAACAAGUCCCGGCGGGUGCGAGAACGUGAACUGCGAGAGCUUAAUCUGCGAUACAAGCAGCAGUAUAAUGGUUGACCAGCAAACCAUCAGCCUUCAGUCCAGUCCCUUUCUAACACCCAUUUUCUGGACCUCUUUAGGAAUACUCUCAUUUAAAGUUCAUUGAAAACAAAGGGGAAUGAGGAUUAUGGCUGACUGCUGUAUUAUGUUUUCAUUCUGAUUAAUGUAUUGUUUAAAUAUUUGAUGCUCCCAGUUUUAAAUUCUCUAUUCAAUGAAGUCACCAGCCAUAAUAACUUCUGUAAUGAGUGAAGCCAUUACUACUGGCCUGCUUCUCUCUUAUUUGCACUUUUGUAGAACCACUAUGUGCUUCAGGUUUAGGGCAUUUUACUGGAAACACAUUUUUUCUGCCCAGAAAUGUCAUUGUGCUCUAUAACUGGAUGAAAGAUAAUUUUAGGAUAGUUUAGUUUAUACUGUUCAGCAGUAUAAACAGAAACCAUAACAUACUGUACAUCUUAAACAUGCUAGCAAGGGCCGCAGAUCGGUUUUAGAAGAUUGAAAAACAAUGGAAAGUCUAUACCUAAAUGGAAACUCUGUUAUUAAUGCACAUAGCUGUUUUGUUUUUUUCUGCAAUCACCUUUUAACUACAGAUUCUAUACAUUUUUUUAAACAGAUGUUUAAUGUGAAUGAUGAAUAAAAAUAUUUUAAGGUCUUGUAUUGGAUAGAAUUAGCUGCCUAAACAACUGCACUUAUUGAAAGACUUAGUGCAAGGGAAUGACAUUUUUGGGUUAUGAUCAACAGAUGCUCAUUAUAUAUCUUUUCCUGUAAGUUCAGAUAAUAUUAAUAUUUGCAUAUUAAUUACAGGUCUUUCCAUAUACUACUUACUCACAAAAGUAAUAAAAACAAAACUACUAAAAUAUUUACUAGAAAAUUAUCAUAUUUUUCCAGUGAGUCUUUAUAAUAUUGAAAUUUGUUCAUGGACCAAACAUAAAUGUAGUUAAACCCUAUCUGGCAAUAUUAUAGAGGUAAUUUUAUUCUCUGUUAUGAAGACCCUAUAAAACUGAAAAUUGAUACUAUGGCAUUGCGUAUAAUCAUACUUUGAAUAUCGGACAGGAGUGUGUUUACUGCUGCUACCUACCAGCUUCAGAGAGCUUUGUUUGAAUUCAGGCCCAUCUCGUGUGUAUAAUUUUUACGUUCUCCCUAUGCAGCCCCAAUUACCUCUCACAUCCCAAAGGAGUAUAGUUUAUAUUGAUUGUAGACUGUAAGUUUAAGUGAUUGUGUAGAGGUGUAUAUGGGUGUGCCAUGAUGCUGGAGGGAUAGGUUUUGACUUGCUAUAAUAGAAAAAGCCAUUUCAAUGGAUGGUUUUAGAUUUUCCCUUUGAAUCAAACCACAUUUUUACGUGGACUUUUUAGUUGUUCAUAUUCUUAUGUGAAUUGGAAUUUAUAAUGUACCAUAUCUAACUUUAAUUUCUGAGUAGAUCAAAUCCUUCAUGUAGGUUGAAUAAAUUGCUCCGAAAAAUAAUUAGUACACCUUGUAAAAGCUAGCCCAGCCACAGACAGACAGACACGGCACCGAUGUCCAAAACGCACGGGUUUAUUUACAGAACUAUUUACAGUUGAUUCCUUGCACUCACACACUGCUCCUCCGUCUCUAUCUCUCUUCAGCCGCCUCCACUCCUCUCUCGCAAGCUCUGGCUCCUUGGAUGUGCUCCAGGUGCUUGGUGAUGGUUUUCCGGCAGCACUUCCUGGUGUGGCGGAAGUGCUGUCCUCCAGGGAUCAGGAACCAUCCAGGCAGUCCCUUGUUUGGGCCAUGGACCCCCACAGGGUUGAGCUUCCAAGCUUCGUAUCUGUGGCCCUUGAUGGAAAUCAGGGGGGGAUGCCCUCUUGCGUCCAGGGAAGAUAUUGCCCCUUUCCCAGUCCUUCCCUGAUCCAGGCGUCCCGGUGGGGCAAGGUCCCUGGCCGUCUGCCACAACCUUUAUGGUAAAACUUCACAGGUUCAUAAAAUUAAUUAAUUAGUAUUUUUUUUUAUUAUAAAUAUUGAUUAAUGUGUCAAGUACUCAUCUAGCAGUACUACCCAGUAUAUUUAAAUUGAUUCAAUCAAAGUAACAGGCUGAAAUGUUCAAAGCAAAGUAUCAUUAAAGGACUCCCUUGGAGAGGCCUGGAGUGACAAUUUCCUUAAUCAAAAAUCAAAAUGUCACAUAGCCAUAUGCUGAUUAUGACGACUUUGAAUCGGUUGUUAUUGGGUGAAUGGCAAAUAUAAAAACAUACCCAAGGCUGUCUUCAAGUUUACUAGACACCACGGUAUGUUUACAACAAACCAAGCCAAACUACCACAACAAUUAAAGCUUUGUGUAAAAUUUUUGUACAGUUACAUAUGCAUUUCAAAUUUUUUUUUUACAAGUCCUAGUGCUAAAUUAAUUUUGCCUCCCCAAUACUGGCAUGUUUAAAUUGAUUAUGUAGGAUAAAAAAAAACUCAUCAAAAUCUAUAG